UGGGUAAUUCACCGAAUUGUCUCACGACCUAUUGAAAAAUAUUCAUCGAGUGAUUCAAGCGCGGCAGUGUCACAGGAUCGCGCGGCUGCCAUCAUGGAAGCCGCUGCAGAUUGGUCGAUGCAUGCGAUCGACGAUCUUCGAUCAUCGAUCGUGCGUUUCGGUGGCCCCUACUGGACGGCUGAGAACAUCCUGAGGUUCAGCAUAGCCUACACCCUCUUGUCCUAUAUAUUCCAUUUAUACGUGCAGUACAGACAGCACAGAAUCUUCGUGAAGCAUGACUUCGUCCCGAACGAGGUUGUCAGUAUCAUGGACCAGAAGACCUUCACGAAGUCGCGUCUGUAUAAUAUCGACUUGUCGACUUUCGCCAUGAUCAAAUCGACCUGGGGCCAAAUCACAUCUCAACUUGCCUUGGUAUACUACCUUAAUGCCCUCAUAUGGAAACUCUCUGGGAGCACCUUGACUAGAACAGGUUUGGAUGCGGACAACGAAUAUUUUCGUAUUUGCAUGUUCAUGAUCCUCAUCUCGUUACUGAGCUUGGUAAUGAGCCUGCCUUGGUCGGUUUACGGAACAUUCGUCCUCGAGGAGAGGCACGGCUUCAACAAACAGACUGCAGGUUUCUUCAUCAAAGAUAAAGUAAAGGGAUUCUUACUGAGCCAGGUUCUCAUUAACCCCGUUGUCUGCGCUGUGCAGUAUAUCCUGACGAACUACGGCCAAAUGGCGUUCUUCUACGUGUGGUUGCUGGUCUUCGGGUUUUCGAUUUUCCUCAUCAGUAUCUACCCGAAUAUCAUAGCUCCUAUGUUCGACACCUUCAAGACUCUGCCCGCCGGGAAGCUCAAGUCAGACAUCGAGGCCCUAGCUCAGAGUGUAGGAUUUCCCCUAACUGAAAUCCAGAUAGUCGAGGGCUCGAAACGAUCUACCCACAGCAACGCCUAUUUCGUUGGGCUCUUCAAGAACAAACGCAUCGUGCUGUAUGACACGCUCGUCCGAAGCUACUAUUCGCAUCAGAGAAAGAGUGGCGAAGAUCCUGAAAACGAAGAGGGCGACAGAAACGACGAUGAACAAUCCACGAAACCGGCACAGAAAGGAUGCACGGACGAGGAAGUCCUUGCGGUGCUCUGUCACGAGAUCGGCCAUUGGAAAUACUGUCAUACCUACAUCAUGAUGUUCAUCGCACAAGUUCACAUUCUGAUAGGGUGUUUGACGUUUUCACUCUUCACCGAUUGUAAGCCUCUGUUCGAAGCCUUCGGUUUCGUCGACGAACAGCCCGCCUUCAUCGGACUCCUGCUUGUCUUUGGAACCGUGUAUAAGCCCGUCGACGAGCUGCUGAGCUUCUUCACCAUGUACCUCUCGCGUCGAUUCGAGUUCCAAGCGGAUGAAUUCGUUCGAAAAAUGCACAGGGCGUCCUAUCUGAGAGAGGCCUUGAUCACCCUGGAGAAGGACAAUCUGAGUUUCCCGAUCAGAGACUGGCUGGAUUCCGCUAUAAACAACAAUCACCCAACGCUCCUCGAAAGAUUGGAAGCCCUCGGGAAAACGGAUUGAUCCUGCCAGACAUGCCCAAAGGGGAGGGAACCCAUGCUGGGGAGGAUCGGAGGAAGAUAUGUUUGAUAAAAGUUGUACAGAAUAUGAAUGCUCCGAAAAUUGAAUCUGUGCGUGCUCAAAACUGUAUAUCAUGCUGCGCGAGAGCUCCGUAGAGGGAGUCCUGACCUCCCGGCACAUAACUUGAUUGGAACCUGAAGAGGAAAUUCCCAAGCGAAAAAAGCUGGUCCGAGUUUGGUGAUAACUUACUACAUAUGGUUAUUCGGACGAUUAUAAAGAUGAUGGAGGCGGGGACUCGCAUCCCAGGAGUACCAUUU